UAAAGGCUUGUUAUUGACAGCAAACAAAAUAGACUGUGUGAAUGAUAGAUAGUAAAUUAGACACUAUCAAAGUAGCAUAAAUUGAGUAUUCAUCGUGUAGACAUAAAAAUGUAGCAGUUUAAAAAACAUACAUCUAAUAAUUUAAGUUUGACUUCCCUAGAGAAAGCCUACUAAAAAUGGCAUCUCCUGGGAAAUCACCAGAUAAUUCUUCAUCUGCCAAAAAAUCUCACUCUCAAACCAGACUUGGAUCAGCUAGUGUAUUUAAUACCAACUCGGGAUCCAACAUAGGAGGUUUAAUGAAGAGAGAUAAACGUACUGUGGCUGUGUAUUUAAAAGAAGAGAGCUCAAAAGCAAACAAUUUAAAACCACUCAUCGAUCAUUUAGAUUACAUUCUUGAUCCUCACAAACCAAUAGAUGACUUUGAAAGUUUGGAUUCAUGCAAAUGGUUUAUCGCAGGAGGACUAACUUUUGAAGAAUUUGGGAAAAAAGUCAGAGAAUAUGACAGCUCUGUUAUGUGUGGCCUUGUGUGGACUGCAAAUUUUGUAGCAUACCGCUGCCGCACUUGUGGUAUUUCACCUUGCAUGUCCAUCUGUUCUGAUUGCUUCCAUGCUGGCAACCACGAGGGUCACGACUACAAUAUGUUUCGUAGCCAAGCGGGGGGUGCUUGUGAUUGUGGAGAUGCUAGUGUUAUGAGGCCUGAAGGGUUUUGUCCACGUCAUGGUGAGCAUAGAGACAGCAAAUCUGACCCGGAGGCUCCAACAGAGCUAAUGGCAGUGGCUAGAGAAAUGGUGCCACAACUCUUUUUGAGAUUACUAUAUCAUUUGCGAGAACAGUUCAACUCUCAGGAUAGUACAGGUAAAAGUUCCUUUCAACUCAACAUAAUGGAUCUGGAUCACUUUCUGAGUUUUAUGCAAUCAUUGAGUGACAUGGGGGCAGCCAUGAGGCAAGUUAUGGCACAGGCAUUAACAAACGAAGAGCAUUAUUUAAAAUCUACAGUCCAAGUUGAUCCACCUACAGACAGCAGGAACCUAAACUAUGCAGUAUUUAAAAAACAUCUUGCUAACUUGCGAUACCCAGUCAACUUUGAUAGAUACAAAUCAAAGCCAGGCAUGUCUCAGAAGUUAGAGUACACCACAAUCAUUGAAGAACUGGUGUUUUGGGUGAUGAGGUUUGAAUUUCCCCAGCGAUUAGUUACCUUUUUACUUGGUCUGUUACCUGAUGACUUGUACAAGGAAUCUUUUGCCAAGGCGUUUGUGAAGCAUUACUCCCGCAUAUCUGUGGUGCUGAGUGAGGCUACUGACAGGUCCACAGUGGCCAACAGGAUAGUUCACAUCAGUGUUCAGCUCUUCAGCAAUGAGCAGCUGGCUGUGUACCUCACUGAAAACCAUAACCUUCUUCUCACCAUCAUUCUCUCCCUUGCCAACAUGAUACAGGGUAUACGGGUGGUCAGUGCCCUUGAAGAUCCUGACCUGAAGUCAAGAUUUCAUUGUGUGGUCAACUGUGAGCAUGAAAUCAUGAAAGACCACUGCUACUGGCCAGUAGUAAGUGACCUGAUCAAUGUGCUCUCACACCGCAGGAUUGCCCACAAGUUUCUUGGUGAUCCACAGCUAGUUGAGCUUUGGCUAGAUCUUCUAAAUGAUAUGCAAGGAAUGAACUUGAACACCCGUGAGUUAAGUCAACAUGUUGAGUUUGAGCCUGACACAUAUUAUGCAGCUUUUUCUGCAGAGCUUGAGAUCUCAGCCUCACCAAUGUGGUCUCUUCUUAUGCACUGUCAAACACCAGAAACAAAAGAUUUUGUUUUGGACAUGAUCAAAUCUGCAUCAGUUGCUCUGGAAGACUGGUUUGAUGCUAUCAAUUUUAAAGAUACAAUGAAGCCCAAUCCUUAUCAGCUGACAUUCCACCUUCCACUGCACAGAUAUCUGGCAACUUUCAUUAUGACAGCUGUCAAAUAUCACAAUUGUGACUUGCAGUCCAUUCUCCCAAGUGACUCACUGUUAAAGAAAGUUAUGAUGCACACUUUACAAGUUCAGGUUUGCUUAGCCCAAAUAUAUACUGGAAUGUGGGUGAGGAAUGGUAUACAGAUCAAGGGUCAAGCUAUGACCUACAUACAAUGCCAUUUUUGUUACUCCAUGGCAGAUGCAGAUCUGUAUCUUCUACAGUUAUGUGCUACAAAAUUGGAUCCUGAUUGUUUUAUCUUCACAGUACUAGAAAGGUUUCACAUCUUGAACUGGCUGUCCUACUCUCCAGACCCCAUCCAUUUAGGAAUAUCUUUGGAACCAGAUCAGGAGUUGGCCAUGGUGGAAGGAGCACUAAGUCUACUCUCUGCUCUUAUGGGAAUGCAUACAUAUCUAGGUAUCAGCGAUGAAGAACUGAUAAGGAAAGAAAUGGCCUCUCUGUUGUGUAUGAAUGACAGACAACACAGUAAUCUAAUGGACUUGAUGCCAGAAAAGACAGGGGUGAAUGGGCUUGCUAAAGAACUCUUUGAGCCAACACUGCAAAAGCUUGCAGAUUAUAAAGCACCCAACUUUGAAGCAGGCGGAGGCCUCCAGCAGGGAACUUAUGUUCCUAAAGCUGAAGUUUGGGAAAAAGAUUUUGAUCCAGUUCAUGUAUCACAGAGAGCAAUAUACAGGAGGGACAUGCAGUCAGCGAUGGAUCGUUACACUGAAUACUUACGUACACAUAAAAACUACAAGAAAAAGACAACUCCAUGGCCACCUUUCAAGAUGGACGCCAAUAUUCACCACGAGUACACAGGCAUUUAUAGACUGCUCAACUGUAAAGCAAUGCAUGCUUUCUUGUUCACAGUUCUACACAAGGCUCUGAGUCGAGACAAGAACCUGCCUGAAGCCAUAUUGUUUCACAGCACCCACUUGCUAGAGAUGUGCUUACACUACGCUCCCAAAACCUUUCCUAACAGGGUCCCUGGCCUCUCCUUACACGUCCAGGAUGGACAGUUAGACAGGUGGUAUGGGACCUCAGAUAUCAAGGCCAAUGCUUGUGACAUCAUCAGUGAGGUCAUUGUGCCAGUUCCAGUGACAGAAGAAGAGGUUCGAGCCAGUGGCUCAGCAGAUGAUGACAUGGACACAUCCACGCUGGAAGAAAUGUUCCAGCUCCAGCCCUCAGCUAUUUCUGCAUCCAGUGGCCCUGUGACCUCCGCCCAGUUAGGACAGAUUCCAUCCCUUGCGAUGGUCUCUCUACCAUCCGUUGCUACAGGACUGGGGUCAGGGCCAGAGUCUGAGUUUGCUCUAGGGAUAGCAAUACCCCACCCACCACCCAACCCCCCCAAACCACUAGUGAAAAGAUAUGAGAGUAGGGGCGUGGCCACAGCUCAGUUCAUCACCAAGAGGAUAACCAUUAAAGAAAGUCUGAUCUCUGUGUUGAUUAAACUUCACACCAAGAUGGGUGGGGCAGCCAGCUACAAGCCAAAAACCCAGUCCCCAUCUGUAUCCUCAAGUGUUGUAGAAGGGGGUGAUGGGCAGGUGUACAUAGAGCGCUUCCUGGACCAUCUAUAUACAGCCAGCACUAAUGCUUCCAGAGUCAUUGACGAUACUUGCCGCUCUCUCAAUAUGACAAAGGUCAAGGCUGGACCAUCCGAGACUGAAAAAGAUAGCAAGAGAAGAAAGGCUUGGAAUAGACAACAAAAGCUAAUGGCAGAGUUUGCAUCAAAACAAAAAGCUUUUAUGGAGCAAGCCAUGGAGGAAGAAUCAGAGAGAAGUGAGUCCAGUCCAUCCUCAGCAAACUUAGAACAAGAGAAAGAUUUGAGUGAAGCCAAGCAAUACGACUGCGUCAUCUGUAGCCAGUCCACCCCUUCAACUGGUGACAGACCCAUUGGACUGGUUGUCUUCCUGCAGGCCUCUAGUGUUCUUGGUCAUCGCCAACAGAAUAAUCAGGAAAAUUCUUUGAAUAUCUCUGACUCGUAUGUUCAGAAGUUCCGUAAAUCCUCCUGUGGAAAAGUUAUCAAGAAAAAGCUUGAGAUCCUACAGAAAAACUUUGAAGAGAAGUCUUGUGAGCUGUCUGUCAACAUUGGCUGGGAAGGGGGCGUGGUUGCCCAGACGUGCGGACAUUAUCUCCACCUUGACUGUCAUAAGUCAUACCUUGAUUCUCUACGGACACAAAACCACUCAGAGAUUCUGGCAGUGAACAAGCGAGAGUACUGGUGCCCCCUGUGUCGCCAGCUGUCCAACUCUGUGAUCCCAAUGGUGCCAGAAGAAAGCCGCACCAUGUUAGUGAAGCCAGUGUCUAGAGACUACAAGCAAAUGGUGCUUGAUAUAGCUGAAAUGAUGGUCAACAGACGGAUAGGCCAGGAACACCCAACCCUGACCCGUGCUAUGGGAACUGUGAUGGAGGAUCUCACCAAAAUAACUUACCCCAGCUACCUGUCAUUCUCUUCUACACGCAACACUGAGACUUUAUUGCUUUUUAUCUCUUCAGUUGCCAGGGUAAAUCUAGAAAUGGAACUCUUACAGAAAGGAGGUAGCCUGUUAGAAUCUCAGUCCACUAGUGCAGCCAAAAAACAAAACAGUUUCUUGCCUCUCAUCCAUGUCCUGAGUCUCCACAGCAAGAUUCUAGUUUCCAGCUCCCCAUACCCAGACCUGUGGGCCCACAUAACUGGCAGGAACCUGUGGGACCAGACCUCCAGUAGUGUGUCAGUGUAUGAGAGACAAGUCCCUGUUCUACUGAAAGAUCCUCUCAGCCUCCUCAUACAAUUUGUGCUUACAUUAUCUUUUGCCAUAGAGUCUGAACACCUAGACUUUGUGAUACAGAUGCUGUACAACCUGGUCUUUAUACAAGCUUUGGCUUUUGUCAGCUGCAAGUUUUCCAGUGAUGAACGAGAUGCAUGGCAUAGGAAGGGGAGACAGAGCCAGACUGCCACCAUUGAGGGACUCCUAGGUCAUGUGAUCAGUGGACUGUCUCGCAGUACUCUGUAUGAGGAGAUUGACAACUCUCAUAUGCUGCCUGCUAUAUGUCAGAAUGUCUGGUCACCACAGAGCGUCCAGCAGAUGGUUGAAGAAUACUGUUUACCUUUCAUGCGCAUCUCAGCCCUCCUUAAAAGUCAUAUUUUUAGUAUUGAAAUUACACCAGCUCAGCCUGGACAAAGUGAGUUUCAACAACUGUCCACCUACUUACAACUGUACAACCAGGCAGAUGGUCCAGUAGAUGGUGUAUCUGGCACAGCCUCGAGCCUAGCCUGCUUGAGGUGGGUGGUGGAAGAACCACAUGCAUUGAUCAGGGCCUGGUGUGUUCAUGUGACUGACUUUAUAAAUGCUGCGCCACAAGAGGCUAAGACACUUUUCCAAAUAAAUCCCAACUGGCAAAAGCCUGGCCUGAUCAAGCUGCCUGAGAGCUACUACCAGAUCUUUCAGAUGUUCAGGACUGCCAAGUGCAAUGAAUGCAACCAAGUCCCUAAGGAUCCAGCCAUCUGUCUUGUUUGUGGACAAUUUUUGUGUUUUAGGGAAGGAUGCUGUGUCACAGAAAGUGUUUACGAGAGUGUUGCACAUUCAGUCCAGUGUGGUGCUGGUACAAGCAUGUACUUGUUGGUCAACUCCAGUCUGGUUGUUGUCAUCAGAGGAGCCAGGGCCACACUGUGGGGCUCUGUCUACCUGGAUGAACACGGAGAGGAGGACAGAGACCUUAAGCGAGGCAAACCUCUGUACUUAAGCAUGGCGCGGUACAAUCUUCUGGAAAGCCAAUGGUUAUCUCACAGCUUUGACCAUGCCUGCAAACGUUGGAUCUGGCACAAAGAUCAGCUGUAGGGGCCUGACCCCCAGCCUCAGGAAGUGACCCCCCUCCCCCUGUAUCAUAUACAAGUCUUUCAUUUGUUCACAUUCUGCUGCUUGUUUUACCUCAGUUCCUCUCAUAGACAUUUUUUUUUAACACUCACAUGGUAAUACUGGCCUCAUCCAGUUUUAAACUGCUGGAGACUACUCUUCAGUUUCUCAUCUGUACAGUUGUUUUAUCACUCACCUUAGGAAUACUGGCUUUGUCCAGUUUUGUUAAUAACAUAGCCUUUAAAACCUAAAAUAUAACUAUAAAAAUAUAUCAGUCUAUAAAUACUAAAUAUGGUCAUGGUCAUAUAUUUGGCUACAACAUAGGAAUCAAUAGAAUUGUGUCAAAUUAUAGAAGUAUGCCUGGUGUUCAUGUGAUUUUAUCCUCAUUAAGGUUUCUAUUUUAAUUAUUUUGUGCAGGUUAUCAAUAUUUUUAAUAAUAAAUAUACAUCCUGACAUUUUCUGUUUUCCAACAAAAUUGGAGAACUGAAUUUAUAUUUUUUGUAAAAAUGCUAAAAUUUUACAGAAUUCUAACCAAAUAAAAUGAUAUAUAUUAACGAAGAAAUGUGUCAAAUCUAACUUUUUGUACAUAAAACCUAAAAUAAUCCUGUGAUAAGUCUGCCCAAGUCUGUAUGCAGCUGAUUGUUUAAAGUAGUGCAAAUAAACAAUGCUUUACAAGUUUCAAUGGGCGUGUCUACUUGUACUUCCUUUUUUGUUCUAAUUGUAUUCAUACACUUUUUUUAUUCAACUAUUUUAUUGUUGCAUUUGCAUUUUUAAAUUUUUUCUUGUUAAAACAAAUUAUGACUUAUGAAUAUUAAUGAAUUUAAUUCAGUAAAUUUGGUUCUUGCUAAUGGUGCAGUUGAGAGUUCUAAAUUGUUUAUUGAGUGUCUAUGCUAGUAGCUAGCAUAUAAAUAACAUAUUGAAGGCAGACAGCCAUAUUUUACUAAUAGGUCCAUAUAAUUCUGUUAUUUAUUGAAACAUGGAGCUGUAGAUUUUUAUUGUAUGCACCUUGUUUCAAUUCAUCAUACAAGUAAGCUACCUGCUUGUGAAGUUGCACAGAAAAACAGCAGAUCAGCUAUCUCUUGCUGCAAAAUUUGCUGUGACCCCAUGAUUGAUCCUACAAUGGUUGUUGAUGUUUCACAGAUUGAUGCUUGCUUGAUGUGAUUUAGGUUAGUUUGAUUUGCUGAGAUUAAAGUUGGCAUAAUUUUAUUGUUUUUUCAGUACAAUCUUCUACUCACAUUAACAAUUUGUUAAGAUUUUACUCCAUCACAUAAGACUGUUGCAUUGUUUAUAGUACUAUUUAUUUUGUAUACAAAUGAUUCAGUAAAAUAGAUUACUGUACUUAUUUAGACACUGACUGCGCUUUAUUUGAAGAUAAAGUUUUUCUUCAAUGUGACAAUUUGUUUUGGUGUGUAGUACUUUAGGGCAAACAUGUUCUUGUGGGUGAGGUAAACAGGUCCUGGCAAAAGGGAAAUAAACUAUCCUGUUUUCCUUUCUUAUUGUGUGAUUUAUUCUGAUUAAAAACAUGUGACUUCCUCAAACUGGUUUCAUUGU